AGGAACUUUUGAUCUUCAAACUUUCAUCGUUGCUGGUUCUGAAUCCCUCCAUUGCUUCCAUACAACGAAAUGAUUGUCUUGCAAUUAUCCGACGGUAUUCUCACGCCGCGUCAUCUUCCGAUCGACGCUAAAAUUUCCCGCCGAGCCAACCAUGUCCUUACUCCAUCAUCGGUCUGUAAAGUUCGCCCCCGGAAUCAUUUUCCUAGGCUUGAGCAGCGCCAAUGCGUGACCAAAUCUAGCCGCGACCAAAAAUCGGAAACUCAGAAUAUCCCGUCCAGUGAAAUCGAAGUGGUGGAUGAAGAAGACGGAGAUUAUGAUGCAGACGAUGGAUUUUUUAGUGCGAGUGGGUUUAGAGGAAGAGAAGGGGAAAAGGACUACGAUCGAGACCCUGAGUUCGCUGAAAUUAUCGGAACUAGUGUUGAUGAUCCAGAGAAAUUUCGGUCCAAAAUGGAAGAGAGGCUGAGGAAGAAAAGGAACAAGAUAUUGCAGCCAAAAACGGGAUCAGCCGUUCCAGUAAAAGUUACAUUCAACAAAUUCGAUUUCUCGAACUCAUAUAUAUGGUUUGAAUUCUACAACACUCCAUUGGCCAAAGAUAUCACCUUAAUUUGUGAUACCAUUAGGUCAUGGCACAUCAUUGGACGUCUUGGUGGAUGCAAUUCCAUGAAUAUGCAGCUUUCUCAAUCUCCAUUGGAUAAACGGCCAAGUUAUGACUCUAUUCAGGGAGCCAAUGUUACUCCAACCACAUUUUAUAACAUUGGGGAUUUUGAGGUUCAGGACAACUUGGCUCGCAUAUGGGUUGAUAUCGGGACGAGCGAGCCAUUGAUUCUAGAUAUUUUGAUAAAUGCAUUAACCCAGAUUAGUUCUGACUACGUUGGAAUCAAACAAUUGGUAUUUGGUGGAUCAGAGUUUGAGAAUUGGAAAGAGAAUUUGACAUCAGAAGAUGCAGGUUACAGCACUCACAAAAUAUAGUUUACUUCCUAACCCCAUCUUAAGAAUGCCUCCAUUGCUUCUCUAGCAAUAUGGGAAGAACGAAACCUUCCAAGUUUUUCAGCUGCAAGGAUGCCAAUGCUUCACCUCAUUGUCUGCCAGUCUCUAGGAGAUUAGUAAUGAAAGAGAAGAAGUCACACAAAAUUUGUCUAUUGGCUCAUCAUUUGUUCCAGCAAAUCAUUCAUGGGAAAGAGCAGGUUAUGCUUGUUCACCUAAUUUUCUCGAUGAUUUGCCUACAAAUCUCAUGUUCUAAUAGUGAUUUCUUGAAGUUGAGUUCACAUCAUCUCUAUGAUUUAUAUAUAUAUAUAUGUAUGAUGAUUUGAUAGGAAACAGGAGACUCUAAUAAGAUCGAAUGGUAGAGAUUUUUAUUCUAUUCUUAUUUUAUUUUA